AUGGCGACCUCCGGGAGAGAUCCCCAGUGGCUGAUGCCUCCCUCUCUCCAGGGAGGCUUAGGUGGUUCACGAACUGAAGCCCAGUCGAUACUGUUGCGCUCAGAAAAAGACCGUCAGUCUUGCUGGUCUUUUAUCCCCAUGGGGCAGAGACCGAAAGGUACUAUCCGCAAAGCCUCCUCCUACCUGCUUCGGCAGCUCGUUCGCCGCUACCAGGAGUCGGACGCGGACAGAGAGGAGGACGAGGACGAAGGCGAGGGCGAGGGCGAGAGAGAAGUGGAGUCCGAGGAGUUCUCAGAAUCAGAAAUGCUGAAUUUGCAGGAGGAAUUUGACGGAGUCCUGAGAGAGGAGGUCGUGGCUGAGGCACUUCACCAACUGGGUCGCUCAGGCCCUGGGACUGAGCAAGUCUACCUCAGUCUAACUUUAUCAGGUUGUGAUUUAAUUGACGUUAGCAUUCUCUGUGGAUAUGUUCACCUACAGAAAUUGGAUCUUUCAGUAAAUAAAAUUGGAGAUUUAUCUUGUGUGAGUUGUAUGCCUUAUCUUCUGGAACUUAAUGCUUCUCAAAAUAAACUGACUACAUUCUUCGAUUUCAAGCCACCCAAAAAUCUCAAGAAGGUGGAUUUUUCCUGCAACCAAAUUUCUGAAAUGUGUGAUUUGUCGGCAUACCAGGCUCUCACUAAACUAAUUUUGGACAGCAAUGAGAUAGAAGAAAUCAGUGGACUCGAGCUGUGCAGCAAUCUAACUCAUCUUAGCCUGGCCAAAAACAAGAUCACAACAGUUAAUGGCUUAGGCAUGUUACCAAUCAAAAUACUUUGUCUGAGCAAUAACCAGAUUGAGAAGAUCACAGGUUUGGAGGACCUAAAAGCGCUACAGAUCGUGGAUCUGUCCCACAAUCAGAUCAGGAGCCUCCAAGGCUUAGAGAAUCAUGACUUCUUGGAAGUGAUCAACCUAGAAGAUAAUAAGAUUGCUGAGCUGGGUGAAAUAGAAUACAUUGAAAAUCUACCUCUCCUUCGAGUUCUCAAUCUUUUAAGAAAUCCAAUUCAGGAAAAAUCUGAAUAUUGGUUCUUCGUAAUUUUUAUGCUACUACGAUUAACAGAAUUAGAUCAGAAGAAGAUUCAAGUGGAAGAAAAGGUUGCGGCAGUGAAUAAAUAUGACCCUCCGCCGGAAGUGGUCGCAGCCCAAGAUCACCUGACGCAUGUUGUCAACAGCGUGAUGCAGCCACAGAGGAUCUUUGACAGCACUCUUCCUAGUCUGGAUGCCCCUUACCCCAUGUUGAUAUUAGCUGGUCCUCAGGCUUGUGGGAAACGAGAACUCGCUCACCGCCUCUGCAGACAGUUUAACAGUUACUUCAGAUACGGGGCCUGUCACACCACAAGACCGCCUUACUUUGGAGAAGGGGAUCGAGUUGAUUAUCAUUUUAUUUCUCAAGAAGUUUUUGAUGAAAUGCUGAACAUGGGGAAAUUCAUUCUGACAUUUAAUUAUGGCAAUCACAAUUACGGAUUAAGUAGGGACACCGUAGAAGGUAUCGCAAGAGAUGGUUUAGCAAGCUGUAUUCAUAUGGAAAUAGAAGGUGUGAGAAGUUUGAAAUGUUCCUCUUUUGAGCCUCGCUAUAUCCUAGUGGUACCCAUGAACAAGAAAAAAUAUGAGGGAUACUUGCGGAGAAAAGGAUUAUUUAGUCGUGUAGAGAUUGAAUUUGCUGUCUCCAGAGUGGACCUUUAUGUUAAAGUUAAUCAGAAAUUUCCAGGAUAUUUUGAUGCAGUAAUCAAUGCAGAUGAUCUGGAUGUGGCCUACCAAACACUGAGUCAGCUCGUUAGAGAAUACCUUGGAUUGUCUGAGGAAGCUGCCAAGGGUUUGGCUCCAACUGCAGAUAUUAAGACACCUGAGCUGAAAUUUGGAAAGUCUCCUACGAAGCUUAGUACUUCGCAUUCGUAUGAUUUCCUGGAUUCUACAGACAGAAACUACUUUGUGGAAUUAUGGGCCAAACUUUCAGCCAAAAAAACACCAGUGGAAAGAGAGUCUAUGGUGAGACAGUAUGAGACAGCCCGCAAGGCCCUAAUGGGAAAGACACCUCCUCAUCACACACUCCUAUUUCAAAGGGGUUCAGUACGAGCACCUAUCAUCAAUGGUCUACAUUAUUUUACAGCUUUAGAACUACAGGAAAGUUUUGACCUAUGUGAAGAUAAUUUUAAACCUGCUUUUGGACCAUAUUGUGAAAAGGGCGGCAUGGAUUUCUCCGGAAAGUAUUCUGCGUUACCUCAGUCUUGUCCAUGGUCAAGAGAAUUGCCUUUUCAGCCUCCAGAGGGCGGCAUUUAUUCACACUCAGGAUCGAGAAUAAGUGAUGUUGAGGCAGAUCAGGAUCUAAAAGCACCAAGUAAACAUUCAUUUCCAUGUGGAAAAUGGCCUCUCCAACACAGAAGACACGGGAUCUCAGUCAUCAGUUGCCCAGGUUCCAACACCAAACCCACCCUCCCUCCAAUCCCUCAGGGCCACAAGUAGACCAGUGCUUGA